CGAAACAGGGAAAAGCAAGGGGGGACUGAACCUGCUGAGAUGAGACCAAGAAGACGUCACUCGUCAUCCCAUCCACAAGACAAUAUCGAUGCUUCCUGCACAGUUCAGAGCAUUAGCUCCGAGUCAAAAAAACUAACGGGCCGAAGAAGAGUACUGAUUGUGCCUAAAGACAAUAUUGGGAUUGCUUGCCUGCCAACAGCCGAUCGACUCGAUAACAUCGUCGAACUAACGGAAUUUGAAACUACGACGGACGACGAAGUUAAUGAACAGUCGUCGGUCUCUGAGCAACCGUCAUCGCCACAAUCGGAAAUGGUGCGAGCUAAAUUACGAUCGAAUGGUUUGAAGGGUGGAGUCAUCGAAGCGGAUCAAUCAACGUCAUCGAGCAACGAGAGCGAAUUCGUCACCAAACCAAAUACAAUUUUCGAGCGUAGGCGUUCGUGCAAACGACCCGACACGAUCGGAUUACUUCGGCAGGACACGGGCCACGAAGCGGCUGUCAAUAAACACGAGGACUUGAAAACGUCAAAUCACAAAUCCCGAGAAGACAUCGGCAUGAGUAACGUGAGACGACCAAGAAACGAUCCCACGAAGCCCCGAAAACCAAUAUUACCACGGGACAGUAUCGGAUUCGGUUGCAAAAUUUCAUACAAAUGUGCAGGUCGUUUGAGCGGUGCGAGACAAGGCAAUGGCAUCAAUUACAAAAACUCAUCGAAUGGAAUUGAAAAGAAGAAUGCUUACCCAGCGAGAUUGUCCGAAGAAAAUACUCGGAGGGAGGAAAAAACGAGAGAACAAAUUGACACCCUGAGAACCGUCAGUAAACUCAGUGUGCUACUGUUGUAUAUACAUUUUUUGCUGACUUAUUAUCUUUCAUUCGUAAAGAGUCAUCGUUAUACCGAAAUAUUCGACAGUUGCCCGUCUCCGGCGCCUAUAAAUAACAAUAAUUACCAUUAAAAUAUAUAACUAUAUAUUCAUAUAUCUGUAAAAUUAAUUUUAAAUACUAACAUUAAUCCCAGUUUGGUAUAGACGAUUUAUAUUUUUUACUCGUUGCGUCUACGUACUCGCAGAUAAAUGCAAGAAAGUGCGUUGACAGAAACAAUCAAUCUGGGAGAAAGUGAUAUUUUAUGGCCAUUACUAGAGAGCGAUUUAAAUGGAUGAAAAUGCUUCCGGUGAUCGUGUCAAGAAAAAUCGAAGAUAUUCAAACAAAAAAAUUUUCCACAAGAUUUACUCGUAUUAUUUAAAAGGAAGGGGAAUCAAUACUCAAUGUUUCGAAAUUUUUUAUCGUGCUAAUAUAUUUAUUGUGAAACCAUGUCUUCCUGUUAUUAAAAUGUUAUUAGUAAUGAUACAUAUGUAAUCGACAGAAAAAAUUGAACCAAAUUUUCUGUCUUUUUCCUACAACUGGCUUUUCUAAGAUUCCUCGUUGCCAUGGUGCUUUGAUUGCCAACUUUUGUUUAGAAAAUGACAGUUUGUCGCGCGCAGGAAAACGUCAAUCUCACGAAAGUUGAUCGUGAACGCUAAACGUAAAUCAUCGAAUAAAGUUUUGAAAUGUUCAAUUGUCUCAUGAAAAUCAAAAUGACGACAUCGACCACAGAAAAAUUUACAAGUACGACGGAGGAAUUCACCAGCAAAGAUCAACACUUUCCAACGUUCAUUCCAAAUGUGCAGUGUUGUUCCUUUUACUCAAAGAACUAAUACCCAUUUUUUUUAUUAUCCCACCUUAUUCCAGGGAACACCGCGAAUGUUAUGCAAUGUAUAUUCGAAAAAUUGUCGACGAGUAAUGGAAAAACCAAUUCAAAUUUGUAGACAUGGUUCCUGUUGUAUUUUCACUUACACGAAUAUAUAACAAACAUUUAUUUUCAAUCAUGGUUUCACGCUGAAGGUGACUACGCACAUAUUUUGCUUCUUACAUUCUAUUCAUUAUUAAGUAAGCGUAAAAUUAUGAUUUACACAGACUCAGGAAAUUUUUCUAGAGGACGAGAAUCCGGCAACAGCGGACAGUAAAUACAAAUUUGAUUUUUGACUUUCAAAAAUUAUUAAAUAUGACCAGCAGAACACAUGCGAAAGUAAAACUUUCUCGAAUCCAAACAACUUUAUACAACAAAAAAUAAAUGUUUCCAACAUCA